AUGACCUAUUGCAGUAAAUUGUUCCAGGAUGGUUCGUUCUCGUGUAAUCACGGAAGAAAGGAAUGCGAUGCGAAUCGUCUACAGUCCUGUGUGAUUGACGUUCUGAAGUCUUCCGGAGCAUUACCCUUCAUCGUGUGCUUCGAACGGAUCAUCCAUCACAACACUGUCGAUCAGGCGAUGCAUGCCUGUUCAGCGUUCAUUCGAAGUCAGUACCGACAAAUAAGGUACUGUUACGAUGGGGAGCGAGGUACCCAACUGCAACGGUCAGCUGCACAUAAGACAAUGAGCACCAAACCACAUCCAAUUUUAGAGGUACCGUACCUGCUCAUCAACGAUUACACGCCAUCAGUGGACAACAACAAUUUGAAUGUGAUGCUUCUUCCUCAGUUACUCAACAAAUGGUUUAAGUUAUAUUCGUGA